UUUUGUGUGUUUUUGUGUGUAUUUGUGUGCGUUUUUGUGUCUUUGUUCACUGGAUGCGGAGUUCUCGCGUGAUUUCCGCGUGUGGGAUCUGCUGGUCUCGCGACAUCUUGCGGUCGGACGCGUUCCGCACAGGCGACGUAUCCGGGGUGAACGCCACGCACGCUGCAGAAAAACCCCGCAAACCCCGCACGAAACACGCAGCAAACCCGCGGGAACCGAUCCAAACGCACCGGGACCGGAACCCGGACCGGGACCGAGACCGAGACUCAGACCCAGACUCAGACCCAGACCCGGGUUCACGGCGCACGCGGGACUCACGGCGCACGGAGCCAUGGACGAUGAGCGGUUCAUUGAGGAGGUGCAGUUCCGCAGUGUCCUGUACGACACCACGCACCCGUUCUACAAAGACAACAGCCGGAAGGAGCGCGCGUGGGCGGAAGUGGCCACGGCGCUGCGGACGGACGUGUGCGACUGUAAAAGUCGUUGGAGGAAUCUGCGGGACACGUUUGUUAAACAUCGGAAGAGACUCGAGGUCCCAAAGGGAAACUGGCCCCAGAAGGACUGGAAGUACUCGGAACUCAUGUCCUUCCUGCUCCCGUUCGUGGUGCCGAGAGCCUCCAAACGUAAAGCCCCGCCCCCAGCAGAGCUCGAGGGAGAGAGGGAAGCUCCGCCCCCCUGUCACCGGCCCCCUCGACCCCGCCCGCCCACCCCCCCCGCAGAGCGCCCAGCGGGAGCACACUGGCAGGGAGGGCGGGGGCUCGCGGGGGUCGUGGGCGGAGUGUAGGGGGUUGUGGGCGGAGCGUCGGGAGUCAUGGGCGGAGCGUCGGCCCCGGGUCCCCGAGAGCGACUGGGACGAGGCGUAUCACUUCUGCCUGAGCGUCGUCCCUCAGCUGCUGCGACUCGACUGGAGGCGGCGACACACGGCCAAGAUCGAGAUCCUACGAGUCCUGGAACGACUCCGCCAAGACCAGGACCACGACAAGACCCCCCCGGGCCCCAGGACCCACACUCAGGUGGGGGACAGAGCGGGGCCCCGGGGACCAGGCUCCGAUUCGGACCAGCACCAGCGGCGUGCGGAGUCGUACCAGCACCAGCGGCGCUCCGAGUCGGACCAGCACCAGCGGCGCGCGGAGUCGGACCAGCACCAGCGGCGCUCCGAGUCGGACCAGCACCAGCGGCGCGCGGAGUCGGACCAGCACCAGCGGCGCUCCGAGUCGGACCAGCACCAGCGGCGCUCUGAGUCGGACCAGUACCAGCAGUUGUUCCUGGAGCUGUUCCAGGAGGACGGGAGCUUCGUGCGGCUCGUGGGUUUGUCUCGGGGACAGUUUGAGGAGCUGCUGCGUCUCGUGGGAGAAAGUCUGACGCUCCAGGACACCAACUACAGACGCUCCAUCCCCGCCUCCCUGCGUCUCUGCAUCGGACUCAGGUACCUGCGGUCGGGGGAGCACUUCCACAGCGUGGCAGAGAUGUUCCGCGUGGCGUUGUCGUCGGUGUGUAAGAUCGUGCCGCAGGUGGUGGCGGCGCUGUGGGACGGUCUGAAGGGGGAGGUGUUGGCGCCGCCGGGUUUGGAGCGGUGGCGUUCCGUGUCAGAGGAGUUCCGGCGCCGCUUUGACUUCCCGCUGUGCUGCGGCGCGCUGGACGGGCGGCAGGUGCUGCUCAAGGCCCCGCCCCGCUCCGGCGUUCAGGGUCAGAGGUCGUCGUCGGUGGUGCUGCUCGCCGUGGUGGACGCUCGCUCGCGCUUCCUGGUGGUGGAGGUGGGCGGGUUCGGGCGGGUCAGCGACGAGGGCAUCCUGGAGAGCUCCGUGUUCGGACAGGCUCUGAGCCAGGGCAAACUGGACCUGCCGCCGCCGGCGCCGCUCCCGGGGGCGGAGCUCCGGGGACCUCAGCCCUACGUGUUCGUGUCGGACGAGACGUUCACGCUGCGCACCAACGUGAUGCGCCCGUUCACUGGACACUUCGUGGCGCCGCAGAAGCGCGUGUUUAACCAGCGCCUGGCGCGCGCUCAGAGGGCGGCCGACAGGGCCUUCGCCCGCCUGGCGUCGCACUGGGGCCUGUACCGCCGUCCCGCCGAGACGAGGCCCGAGGUGGCGGAGCAGUGUGUGAGGGCGACGUGUCUCCUGCACAACCUCAUCCUGUCAGAGGAGGAGGGGGCGAGGAGGUGA